AGAGAUUAGGAAAGAAGAAGAAGAUGAGACCGGUGUGUCCGUUCGUUAAAGCCGCUCGACCGUCGGAGCCAAUCAAGAAAGACAAAGACUCGUCGGCAGCGGCGUCGGCGACCGUCUCCCCAAAAUGCCCCUUGGGAUACGACUCCCAGACCUUCAAGCUGGGCCCGCUCAGCUGCAUGAUAUGCCACGCCCUCCUCUUCGACUCUGCUAAUUGCGUCCCUUGUUCUCAUUCCUUCUGCAAGGCCUGCGUGUCGAGAUUUAAGGACUGCCCGCUGUGUGGAGCUGACAUUGAGAAGACGGAGCCCAAUUCGGAGCUCCAGGGUUUGGUGGAUCGGUUCAUUGAGGGCCACGCCAGAAUCAAGAGGGCUCAUAAUGCCGAGGAGGAGACCGAGAAUAAGAGAGUGAUUUAUGAAGACGUGUCUCUUGAGAGAGGUGCUUUCUUGGUGCAGCAAGCCAUGAGGGCAUUCCGAGCCCAGAAUAUAGAGAGUGCCAAGUCAAGGCUCUGUCUCUGCGCACAAGACAUCAGGGGUCAGCUGGAAACCAUGGGGAACACUUCCGAGUUGUGUUCUCAGCUAGGAGCCGUUCUCGGAAUGCUUGGCGAUUGCUGUCGAGCAACAGGAGAUGCUAGUUCUGCAGUCACUUAUUUUGAAGAGAGUGUUGAAUUUCUUUCAAAGCUGCCAGGAAAUGAUCAGGAGAUAACACAUACACUUUCUAUCUCACUUAAUAAAAUCGGAGAUCUUAAAUACUAUGAUGGAGACCUGCAAGCUGCAAGAUCUUACUACUUCAAGUCAUUGGAUGUUCGGCGUGAUGCUGUCAAGCAUGAUCCAAAUGUUCCGUCCCAGAUUCUGGAUCUGGCUGUUUCUUUUGCGAAAGUUGCAGAUGUUGACAGAAGUCUAGGGAAUGAGGAUGUAGCAAUUAAUGAGUUUCAAGAAGGAAUAAAGUUGUUGGAAUCUUUGACAUUAAAAUCUGAAGACACUGGUCUUGAGCAACGGCGGCUUUCAGUGUUGGAGUUUCUUAAGAAUCAAGUUGUGGAGAAAUAAACUUGAUUCAAUAUCUGACUAAAGGUCUCCACCAGAAAGAGUGAACCAGAGGGAUAUAGAUGAAUAAAUUAGCUUUGCUUUAGUAAUAAGCUCAGUUAAUACUCAGAUGGCAUGGUCGAUCUGAGGAACAUAUUGUGUUGUGAGGGACGGAGAAUGAGGUACUGGGUGCUAUUGGCUCCCAUGUUUCUUCACUGACUGAUGCCUCCUAGGUCGUCACUCAUCACCACUCAGUUGUAUAUAAAAGCAUCGUCCCCAAUAUGGCAAGGACAUUUCCUUUUUCUGUUCUUUUCCACCUCUCAAUAAUCUACUCCCAUCUUGAACUUUCUUCUGUGUAGUGGGUAUGAACUUCCUCUUCAGACCAUAGCAAUUCCACGUAUUUGUGUACUCCACAUCUAUUUCCCUUUUAUACGGAUGGUGAUCCGGAGUGGUGAUGAGCAAUACUGUAACACUGACUGUAUAGAUCAAGUAUAUUCACAUGCUGAGUACAUAAUUUCAAAAUGUUAAGUAUUUAUUUAAUUUUGUUUCCUG